CACCUCUAUUCUGGCCGGCGGACGAGCAUACUGCAGAAGUAUUAAAAGCCCUAUCAGUCGGUUAGUCAUAGUUAGUUCCUACUCGACGGAGAUUUUAACGUCUGUGAAGAAAAGAUAUUCUGAAAUCAGCAGCGCCUGCAACUGAUUCUGUUUCGAGUGUUCAAGAAGUUUUUGUGUUAAUUCGAAAUGUUUGUCAAAGUCGCCUUGAUUUGUGUCCUCGCAGUUUUGGCUAUCAACAGGUGCCAAGCGGAUGUCUCCCACGUAGUUCCAUCAGCAGAUCAGCCACCUGUAACUGAAGUUUGUUUAGGAUGCAUCUGUGAAGCUAUCAGCGGUUGUAACACAACCGAGAAGUGCAACGGCGACACUUGCGGAUUGUUCAGAAUUACCUGGGCUUAUUGGUCUGAUGCUGGUAAACCCACACAAAAUGGAGAGGAUCCUAGCUCACAGACGGCUUACCCUAACUGCGUAAAUGAACCUUACUGCGCUGCUCGUGCUGUUCAAAAUUACAUGGCUCGUUUCGGACAAGAUUGCAAUGGAGAUGGAGUCAUCAACUGUUACGAUCACGCCGCAAUCCAUAAACUCGGCGGAUACGGAUGCAAGGGAGAUCUCACUGUCAACUACUACACGAAAUUGAAUACAUGCCUACAAAAGUUCCAGGGUUAAAUUUACAUUUUCAAAAAAAUCUUCAAAAUACAAUAAAGCAAAUUGGAAAAUGAUUAAUCCAAAUUAUGGUACUGAUGAUUUUAUGUAACGGUAAUAUUACCCACGAUUACGUAUGCUUUUGUAUUAGUAGGUCAAAAUGAAAAUUUUUGAUAGUAGUGUAUUCGCCAACGUUUAUAAUUUAUGAAAAGAAAAAUAAACUGGGACAUGAAUUUGUUUCUAAUAUACGAGUA